AUGUCGCGCCGGGGCUUCCCGCCAGUUGCGCCGUCAUCGGCGGUUCUGGUUGUUCUUCUCCUUAUCGCAGCGGCGGCUGGCGGCGUACGCGGAUUGCGCGGGAAUGCGGCGCAACCCCGCAAGCUGGCUGUUGGCGGAAGCGGAGACUCUCCGCGGAGGAGAGCGGCGGAGCUAGUAAAAGAAUCCUCCCAUGCUUCCGUAAUGGGGGGAGGGCAUAUUCCGCCGCUACAGCUGAUUCUGGCGGAAGAAGGGCGCGCGGAGGGCGCAGUGUGCUUGGACGGAUCGGCCCCUGGGUUCUACUAUCGGAAGGGCUACGGCUCGGGAAGCGACAACUGGGUGCUGUUCUUCGAGGGCGGCGCGUGGUGCGCGUCCCCGCACGCGUGCGAGUACAGGGCGCGCAUGCACCUGGGGUCGACGAAGCACGCGCGGUCAGUGGGGGAGAUGCUGGAUAGGCAGAACGGCAGCAUGCAGGGCAUGCUCAGCGGCAACCGCACCGUCAACCCUGAUUUCUACAACUGGAACGCCGUCUAUUUCAUCUACUGCGAUGGCGGCUCCUUCUCAGGCCACCAGGACCAACCCGUUCGCUUCAAUGGCAUUCCGCUGUACAUGCGGGGAAGGAAAGUGGCGGACCUGAUGGUGAAGCACCUCAUGGAGAAGAAGGGACUUGGCCACGCGGAGAAGGUGGUUGUGUCCGGGAGUUCAGCGGGGGGAGUGGCUCUGCUGCUGCACUGCGAUCGAGUGAGGGACACUCUCACAGCCGCCUCUCCCUCCAUGCACGUCCGCUGCCUUGCUGAUGCCUCCAUGUUCCUCGACAUCCCCGACAGCGACAACAACAGGAGGAUCGCAGCAUUCUUCUCUCAAGUGCAGACCAUGCAUAAUCUGACCAUCAGCCUCCCACCAGCGUGUGUCAAGGAUCGAGCGCUAGAGCAGCAUCAUCAGUGCUUCAUGGCCAACCAUAUUCUGCAAUACGUCUCCACGCCUCUCUUCCUCAUCAACAGCAACUACGACAAAGUUGCGAUGAGGGCCAUUACACAACCACAGGUGCUGGAUUCGGGAUUAACGGCCCCACCUGACUGUUUCGACCAUCUCAGCACCUGCACUGCCAAAGAGAAGCAUAUCUUUGAAGAUUACCGCAAGGCAGUGGCGAACGCAGUGGCGCCUCUCGCCCACUCCACGCCUGCCAACGCCGUCUUCCUCUUCUCCUGCUUCCAGCACGGCUCCAUCCACUCGGACGUCCCGUGGAUGAUGCGCACGGCUAAAGGAGUG